UUGAAAUGAAACUACGUUUUGCUAUCAGAUUUCCUGGAGUUAACCCUUUCCCUUCCAUGUCAAUAUUGCAUCGGAGGAGAGCAUGCUUACUGAUCUUCCUGAUCACCCUAGGCCUGACCUUUGUGGAAGCCAAAUCACCAAGGCCACACAUAGUUAUGAUUGUAGCAGAUGAUCUGGGAUGGAAUGACAUCAGUUUUCAUGGUUCCAAUCAGAUCCCCACCCCUCACAUAGACAGCUUGGCAUACAGUGGAAUCAUACUGAACAACUACUACGUCUCACCGAUAUGUACCCCUACAAGAGGGGCACUCAUGUCUGGCUAUCACCCAAUCCAUACAGGACUACAAGAAAGUGUCAUUGUUGGUGCCCAACCCUAUGGCCUUCCCCUCAACUUUACGAUUAUGCCUCAGUGGCUAGGGAAACUAGGCUACCGCUCACACAUGGUGGGAAAGUGGCAUCUUGGUUUUUUCAAGAGUGAAUACACACCGACACGUCGUGGAUUCGAGUCUUACUUAGGGUAUUACCAAGGGUGUGGUGAUUAUUAUGACCACACCUAUGAGGCUAAUGAGGCUUUCUUUGGCUAUGACUUUAGAUGUAAUGCAAGCCUCGACUACUCAGCAUUAGGUCAGUACUCCACCACCCUGUUUACUAACCGUGCAGUGGACAUCAUCAACCAGCAUAAUGCUGAGGAGCCUCUAUUCCUAUAUUUGCCGUACCAAGCUGUCCACAGUGGUAAUUUGCCGAGUGGCAAUCCUCUACAAGCUCCGUCAUCCUACAUCAACAGACACCCCCACAUACAUAACAAACAGCGUAAAGACUUUGCUGGCAUGGUGGCAGCACUAGAUGAUGGUGUUGGCGCUGUAGUGGAUGCAUUGAAAAAGAAAGGUCUGUAUGAAAACUCCAUCUUGAUGUUCACAACAGAUAAUGGUGGACCUGCCAAUGGCUUUGAUGGCAACGCAGCAAGUAACUUCCCUCUACGAGGAGUAAAGGCCACCCUUUGGGAGGGAGGUGUUAGGGGUGUAGGAUUUGUCCACAGCCCGAUACUUCAGAAGUCAGGAUAUGUAUCUGAACAGCUGUUACAUGUUUGUGAUUGGCUGCCGACGUUUUAUUCGGCUGCUGGAGGCAACCCAAGUGAUCUUGGUGGAACUGACGGAUUUGACAUGUGGAACAUGCUAUCCUCAAAUGGUAAACCAGUCAGGAAAGAGUUAUUACACAAUAUUUCUCCAGGGAGAAGAAGUGGGGCCAUUCGUGUAGGUGAGUACAAGCUGUUGGUUGGAGGGGUGAACAUGAAUUGGGACGGCUGGUAUCCACCGUACCAGGUGACGGAGGACAGCUCCAGACUCUACUACGACAACCCUGCUGCAAAAAAUGCCCUUUUUAAGGAGUUGACAGAAACUUCUGACAGAAGACUCACAGCAGUGAGGAAACAAAUGAACGUGACCUUUGGCUCAGCUGUUAAGGUCAACUGUGGUCCGAAGCCAGCUAAUGCUAGCACGAACUGUGACCCCCGCCAAAGUGCCUGUCUUUACCAUAUUCCAUCUGAUCCAUGCGAGUAUAACAAUAUCGCUGCUACAAACCAAGGUGUUGUCAGUACACUAACUGACAGGCUCGAUCACUAUCUCUCCACCAUGGUCCCCCCUGCAAACAAACCAGAGGACCCCAAAGGCAACCCAAUAUUAAAUAAUGGUGCUUGGGUCUCCUGGUUGGAUUAAAUUAUAUUUAUUAUCUAAAAUGCAAUGAAGUAGGUGUUUUGGAUACUGUCACAAAAAAAACUUUAUUUAUUUGAUUUUAUGAAAUGAUAGGAGUACACUCCUUGUACAAAACAAAACCACUGGAUUAUUGAUAUAAAACAAUAGCUCAGCUGAUUACAUUUAUCCUGGAAAUUUGCAAUUCAAAUCUUUUGCUGAUCCUUUUUGCUCUGUUCAACAGUGCAAAUAAUUAAUUGCUUGCCGAUAGGUCUAUGGGAAAUUAUCUGCAUACUAAAAAAUCAAUCCCCACCCUCCCCCAACCCCAAUAAAAAUUGAAUUAAUCAUUAAAGAGAAUAAGUUGACAAAAGCGUCGCUUGAAACCACCAAUGUCAAUACAUUAUCAAAUUAAACACAAGUCCUCAUUUAUUUUCAGCAGUAUUUUACUAUUUGAUAGUUAUGUAAAAUAUUAUGGUAAUUAUCCAGUAUUAAGGAAGUUCUGAACCCUACAUAGAUACAUAAUGUACCACCCAGGUAUGUACAUAAAAUUCCAAUAGCCUGACGCCAGCGCUAGUUGGUUUUAUGUUAUGACGCAAGAAAUUAAUUAAUAUUUACUAAAAAUUAUUAAUAUUUACUAUAAAAAAGAGGUUCAUCUGGUAGAGGUUUUUCUUUUGAAAAUCUGCCUGAAAGCGAAUACUCUGAAAAUUAAUUACUUGUAUGGGUUGAUUUGGCAAACCCGGACACCCCUUUAGCUGUGUAGAUCCAUCCUAUAUCCACACAGAAAAACUGCAUUGCUAUUUUAAACUUGCAACCAAUCAAGAGUUGAUAUGUACCAAUGUUACAUGAGUUAAAAUGCUUAAUAUAAAGUAUUGCUCAUAUAAUAUUAUCACUAGUACAUCAUUGGGCUAUUAUAUGUUGGGACCAAAAAAUGCAUAAUAAUGAAGCUUAAUAAUUGAAUUCAUAUCCUUUUUCUUUGUACUGAUAGUGUGCAGCUUCCUUCCCAGAAAUAACACAAUUUGUAACUAUAUUAAAAGUGGUUAACAGUGAUUAGUGAUGACCUGAUAGCUUGUUUUGUUCACUGUGCUUCAGAACAUUAUCUAUGGUGGAGAGGUUUUAUGUGCCUUAUAAAGGUAAACAAGUGAAUGAACACUUGCUGUAAGUUAUUCCCACAAUCAUAAUGACACAUUCCAUAGAAUUAUAUUUGAUGACAUACCUUACAAUAUGCUGUCAAUGUAACGUUGAUAAGAUAUCUAUUUUAUGAUGUAACGGAAAAUGUAGCAAAUACUGCAAGUACAGAAAGACGUAACUGGCUCUCUCGAUAUUUUCAAAAGUUACAAAUAUAUUUACUUGUUUGUAUUUUAAUACUUAAUCACAAAAAUAACAUAAAUUAAAGCAAAUUGAUAAAGUAUAAGAUGACUAUGAGGUUUUAUAUAGAAUGUGGGUACUGUAGCUUGUAUAUCUGUGGGGUAAAACAUACUUGGUUAUGGGUGUUAGUAUAAAAUACAAAGUAUAUAGGGAGUAAUGUGUAAAACAAUGUUUCUCUGGUGUCUUAUUUUAAUGAUUGUGUACAUCUUUUAUUUUGAUAGAUAAUAUUAUGAAUCUUAAACUCAUCUCUGCAGUCUUGAAUUACUGUCUAUUCAAAUCGUUUUGACAUGUGUAAAAGAAUGAAACCGCAACUAAGAUAACUUAAAAUGAAAAUAUUUUAUAAAUUAUAUACCAUAGUCAUUGUCUUAUAAGCAUGUAUCAUAUUUGACUGCUUUAAAUGUGUGAUACUAAAAGUGCAAUAUGCAAAGGAAACAUAUCUCAGAUAAUAUGUUACCAAUGUGCUACUUUUUUAUUAGCUUGUAUUCUUUUCAUUCAUAGUGUACUAUUACAUGUUUUUGCAAGAAAGGUAUCUGGGACUCUUCAGAAACUUUCUGUUUUAUAUUGUCUCUCUUAGAAUUUAUUAAUUGUAUACAUUUUUGAAGACUUUUUUUUUUUUCUGUGUGCCAUUUAGACUUUGAAUCUCCAAUAGAUAACUGACAGAAGAAUCUAGCGUUGAGAUGCAAUGUCGGUAUAAUACAUUAAAAUCAAUAUAUAAAUUUAGACAUUAAUGCUGUAUAAAUAUAUAGACUAUACAUCAAUGAUAUAUUUUCUUAUCAAUCUGCCUAUUGAAAAUCUGUUAAAAUUAAAAAAAACUUUUCCCCGGAAGAGUGGGCUACCUCUGUUUUAAUUUUGAUCGUUUUACAAACAGCUCAAUAGUUCCAUUGAAUAAAAAAUAUAUCAUCUGCACACAAAAACAACCUGAACAAAAUUUUGAUUAAAGAAACAAAUGUGAAAAGACAAAGAAAACGAGACCAGUAUACAGCACGCACGGCAAAACUAUCAUGAAUCCUCGCAAAAAUACUUAAGCUUACGUGAUACUAUGCUUUUUUUAACUGAUGAUCACAAUUAAUAUAUUGCGCACCGGUAACAAGUAAGUUCUUGCUUUUUAUAACAUUUUUAACUUCGACAUUAUAAAAAGUUCAUCAUUCCUUUUAAAUGUUCACACAAUAGGUGUAGGUUUCUUCCGUUAAUGAACUAUAGAUUCCAAGGGGGAUUUCUUGGCAUUAAGAUGUAGCCAUUCUAGUCAGCAUCUGAGGAAAUAGUCUUAAAGACUCGUAGGAUUUUCUGUAAGUUAUUCCCACAAUCAUAAUGACACAUUCCAUAGAAUUAUAUUUGGUAUACCUUACAAUAUGCUGUGAAUGUUACGUUGAUAAGAUAUCUGUUUUAUGAUGUAACGGAAAAUGUAGCAAAUACUGCAAGUACAGAAAGACGUUACUGCACUAACUGGCUCUCUUGAUAUUUUCAGAAGUUACAAAUAUAUUUACUAAUGGUUUGUAUUUUAAUACUUACCCAAUAAUAUUAAAGCAAGUGGAUAAAGCAUAAGAUGACUAUGAGGUUUUAUAAAGAAUGUGGGUACUGUAGCUUGUAUAUAUGUGGGGUAAAACAUACUUGGUUAUGGGUGUUAGUAUAAAAUACAAAGUAAAAGGGAGUAAUGUGUAAAACAAUGUUUCUCUGGUGUCUUUUAUUUUAAGGAUUUUGUACAUCUUUUAUUUUGAUAGAUAAUAUUAUGAAAAUUUAACUUCUAUCUGCAGUCUUGAAUUACUGUCUAUUCAAAUCGUUUUGACAUGUGUAAAAGAAUGAAACCACAACUAAGAUAUCUUAAAAUGAAAAUGAAAAUAUUUUAUAUAAAGAUAAAUUAUAAACCAUAGUCAUUGUCUUAUAAGUAUGUACAUUGUAUACUCAUCAUUUACAACCUUGACACAUGGUUGUAGCAGUGGGCCAUGUCAGUGUCAUAAAACGACAUGAAACUAGACAAACCUCAAAUAUUGAUUGUUUUUCCCUUUGUUUAUUAUCAUAUUUGACUGCUUUAAAUGUGUGUUACUAAAAGUGCAAUAUGCAAAGGAAACAUAUCUCAGAUCAUUUGUUACCAAUGUGCUACUUUUUUAUUUACUUAUAUUCAUAAUGUACUACUUACAUGUUUUUGCAAGAAAGGUACGUAUCUGGACUCUUCAGAAACUUUCUGUUUAAUGUUGUCUCUCUUAGAAUUUAUUAAUUGUAUACAUUGUUGAAGAUUAAUUUUUUCUGUGUGCAAUUUAGACUUUGAAUCUCCAAUAGAUAACUGACAGAAGAGUCUAGCGUAGAGAUGCAAUGUCGGUAUAAUACAUUAAAAUCAAUAUAUAAAUUUAGACAUUCAAGCUAUAUAAAUAUAUAGACUAUACAUCAAUUAUAUGUUUUCUUAUCAAUCUGCCGAUUGAAAAUCUGUUAAAAUAAAAAAAACUUUUUUUCCAGAA